AUGACAACAGAGAGCACGGGCCAGCUCUAUGCUGACAAGAUUCGCGGGAGGAAGACUCGCUACUCCGUGAUCUGUGCUGUGGGUCUAACUGGUAACUUGGCUAUCAAUGUGAUCCUGAGGGCACCAAAGAUGAAAACAGUAACUAAUGUGUUUGCCCUGAACCUCGCUAUUGCUGAUGGGCUCUUUGUGCUGGUGUUCCCAGCCAACAUCACUGAGUACCGGCUACAGCACUGGCCCUUUGGGGAGCCAUUCUGCAAACUGGUGCUGACCACUGACUAUUACAUCUACGCCUCGGUUGUGAUGAGUGUGGGGUGCUACUUAGUGGUGCUGGCCACUGUGCAAUGGUGCCAAUUGCCUAGGCACACCCAGAGGGCAAAAGUUGCCAGCCUUUGUAUCUGGCUAGCUGUCACCAUCAUGGUUCCGCUCUUCUGUUCCUUUGCCCAUGUUUGCAGCAAUGAGUUACAGGCACCCAGCUGUGGGCUUUUCCCGAGGCCAGAGUGGGCUUGGUUUCAGGCCAGCCACAUAUAUCUGUUGGCUCGCAGCUUUGCAGUGCCAUUGAGCGUCACCUGCAGGUCAUAAGUGGACCUGCUGCACAGACCUCGGACCAUGACGCUCCUCUGGCACCAAGGUUCCGGGCAAGGCCAGAGGAAGAUAACUGUCCUGGUCCUCACUGUGUUGGCGGUGUGCUUCCUCUGCUGGAUGCCCUUCCACCUGGCCUCUGUGGCGGCCCUCCAUAUUCCUACACUAUAUGUGUAUAUAACUACAGGCAUGCCCCACAUAUUCCUGGUUAUUAGUAUCUCCUAUGCCGUCACCAGCCUCAGCUAUGUCAACUUAUGCCUCCAUCCGUUCUUGAACUCAUUCCUAAAUGGCAACUUCUGCAAGAAUUUCUGUACCAUAAGUUUCGGGAGGACUGGGCAUCCUUGCUUUUUGCCAUCUCCAAGAGCAGUGGUUGACCAAGCCAGGGGAUAUUCUGUCUUUUCAUAUUUAUACCUGUGUUCUCUAUACAGAUAA